ACAGCGUUCACGUUGGUCGUGUUUCGAAAUAUAGUGAUUUGAAGGCGAUUUUCACCAAAACCCCGAAUAUCAGAACAGUGAGAGGUGUGCUAAUGAGCUAAUGAUCAUUAGUGAAUUUAGUGAAUCAGUGAAAGUAUUAUGAACUGUUAGUAAUUGAUAAUCAUCAACCGUAAACGCGAACACAUUUCAAAAGGCCUUAAAAUAAUUCGACAGCCUACUGCGUUUGAAACCGUAGCUAACAUAAAGUGCCGCGCGUGCGUUUGUGUAGGUGCUGCCACCACAAAGUACGCACGCACACGCGCACAGUGCCCGUGUUUGUAAGCCUAGCAAGCCAAGUGGUACCAACUGUGAAUGAUUCUCGCGUCGUCAUCAUUUGGUCGUCGACCGUGAACGGGUCAGUUUCGUGCGUCGUUUGUCGUUUUAUCUGAUACCAAGUGCGAGAGAGAAAACGAAGAGAAUAUAUACAUCAAAAAGAGAGUGCAAAGAGAGAAUGAACCAGUUCUCGGAAAAAGAAGACAGCCACAAAGGGAAAGAAGAGUGAAGACCUCAGCAUAAAAGUUGUUCGUUACGCGCGCUCGAUUUCGUGCACUUCAUCAACCUUUCGGUUGCCGUGAAAGUGUGUGCGUGUGUGUGUAUGCGCGCCUGUUUUCGACAACUGGUAUUUGGCUGCAAAGAGCGCGAAUGAUCCCGACUGAAUGUGGAUGGCUGUGUUGGUGAAAUAAGUGUUUUACGGUGUUAUUGAAAUUGGGGUUGCUGCGCUGAGUGAUUACUUUUAUUUUGUUUUGGAAAAGAAGCGACGAAGAAGUGAAACGGAAAUUUGAUUUUGUGAUGGAGAAAUAAGUGCAAGGGGAAAUUUUGAAAUAGUAAAAAACGUGAAAUUCCUGCAGUGCGUGUUCACUUGGAUUAUUUUUAACGGUUGGAUUACGCUGAUGAUUGGAUAAGUCGUUAUUUUGGAUUACGCGCACUGGAUUACACACCAUGGAUACCGAAGGAUUAUUUUGAAUAUCACACCAACUGUCACCCGUGUUUAUCGCCAGGAUAUUGUUGACUGCUAUGCGGAAUAACAGAAUGACAAUGACUGGUGAGGUAGCGAAGAUGACCAAGACAACCACGGUUGUCAACGGUCCGGAAUCACCUUACAAGCCGAGCCAGAUUCUUCUCAGCUCGGUCAAUCCCUGCAUCACGUGUAACCUAUGCAAAGGAUACCUCAUCGACGCAACUACUAUCGUAGAAUGUCUUCACUCAUUUUGCCAUAGCUGCAUUAUGAAACAUUUGCGGACCGAGCAAUACUGUCCUCAGUGCGAGAUGAUGAUAAACAAAGCAAAACCGAACAUCAAACGCGACGCUACGCUGCAAGCCAUCGUCUACAAGCUGGUCCCAAGUCUGUACGAAGAGGAACUGCACCGCAAGCGGGCCUUCUACCGGCAGCAUCCGGAGAAGGCGGCGCUUGCGACACCGGAGCAACGGGGUGAAGACACCGAGCACCUCAUCUUCAGCCCUAGCGAGAAAAUCCCGCUAUCCUUGGAAUACGCCGAAAAGGAGCUCGCCAAGAACAAUAAAGAAUUCGAGCGGCCGAAAUUUCUCCGCUGCGUGGCAAUCUGCCCAAUCGCCACUCUGAAGAAGUUCAUCAUCCGCAAGUACUGCAUUCCGACACAUCUUUACUACGUGGAAAUCAUGUACAAGGUGCAAACGAUCACCCUCCCGGAUCAUUACACCCUGAUGGAUGUAGCGUACAUCUACACCUGGAAAAAGGAUGCAGAGAUGAAGUUCUUCUAUCGCAUUCGUACCCACGAGAUGAAAUCGGUGGAGCUGCCGGAGGUGCCUCUGCGGAGAUCUCCGAGUAUCACCACCAGCACUGGGCGCAGCAGCAGUUCGCUGGCGCUCAUCAAAGAAGAGGACACCGACAGCAAGGAGGCGCAUGAUGUGGUGGAACUUAUCAAGCCGAGUGACAUCAAGCGGGAAGAGCCAAGUUUGAUUGAAUGCGAGGGGGGCAAAGCGUGCACCGGUGAUGCACCGGCUUCCGAAACGACGCCGACAGUGGCAAUCCCCGCGGCGGAAGAAGGCACACACACAAUCGCCACCAGCGCUAAGAGUGCGACGCCUGUGCGAGGUGAGGGUGCUGGUGGGAAUGAUUCCUCCCCGGUUGAUGUGAAGCCGAACGUGGCGAUGCUUGGGAAUCAGCCCCAGCAGCAGCAUGGUUCACAGAUUCGUGGUAACGGUGGUGAGGGGAAAGAAGCUAGCAUUAGUGGAAACAAUAGUGCAGUCGAACAGCCGAAAGUCAAGAAGAAUGAAUCGAUCAAGUUGAAAAUUGAAAUGAACAAAAACACUUACGUUAGCAUCCUGCAGAGUCCCCAAUCGGAUGCUAGCAGCAAGCACAAGUCGGACAAAGUGGAUAAAGUGAAGAAGAAGAAGUCGGAAGAUAAGGACAAGAGUGUGAAUAAGAUAAAGUCAACCAGUGAUCUCAAGAUUAAGAUAGAGAAAGUAAAAGACGGACUAGUCAGUGUUAAGAAAGUGGGCAAAAGCAGCAAGAAAGUGCCGUACAAAGUAGAACUCAACAGUGUCAGUGAGUGUUCGAAAAAGAAGAAUAAAACGACGAACAACGAGGUGGUGGAAAGUAAGAAAGCGAAGAAAGACGCUCAUAAACUUGAGAAAAUUGCGAAGAAAGCGAAAUCUCCGAAACGAAAUCCAGAUUUUGAUAAAGUGCAACCCUCGAUUGUGUUGAAAAUUGACCAGAGAAGUCCUGAACUCUCGACAUCUACCCUGAAGAUAGUGUCACCAUUGGCUUCAUCGUCGCCCAAGCACAAACCAGAACUGUCUCUGGAAGAUGAGAAAUCGCAGUUUUUGAACUCUUUCGAGUUGACCCCAAUCAAGGCUGUUCAGGGCAACGGCUCACGAUCUCCUUCGACUUCCCCUCGGUCAAACUCAUCAUCUCCUCCGAAUUCAUUGGCGCAAAUGAACACCGCUCAGGGCGGUGAGGGUAAACAGGGAAAACGAAAGGCUAAGGAGCCCGCAUCUGGUCGUAGUUUAGUGAAGAAACAAAAACUUUCGGACGACGAAAUGAAAGCGUUGGUCGAAAGAACUGUUCAGGAGAAUAUUAAGUCCACCUCGGAACAAAUUUCGUCGUCUGCAGCUUCACUGAAGGUUGUGAAACAGGAGCUUGAAAGUCCACCGCCAUCUACCAAUGGCAACCUGUCUCAGUCGCAACCCUUGUCUGUUAAAGCGGAAUCCGCGCUCAAGGAUCCUACGAAACAGGAGCCAAAGCCGGAGUCUUUCGACUUCAAAGCACCCAUUGUUCUACCUCCACCGGUAGUGUCAACUUCGAAUAUCCCGGCCCCGAAACCGGCCCAACCAGUGAUGAUUGCCCCGAAGCCUUCAGUUGAACCAAACAAGCGUCCAAUCGUGCCUUCGUUCCAGAAGCCUAUGCAGCCAGCGAAGAAACUACCUCCACUGCUUCCGAAGGAAGUCGACCAUGCAAGGAAUAACCGACAGAAACAUUCGCUUCCCCGGGGAGGACCCCAAUCGAACCCGACCUUCAACAUGUCUCACAAUAAGGAUACCGAGAUCAGCCAAAUCAAGCCGGAAGAUGCAUCGAAGAAAAACAUCAAAGUCUACGGUCCGUCUUCCUCGGACAACGAUAACUUUGCCGUGCCAGCUGCGCUGUCUUCAACGUCAAAGCCGAAGCCAAACAAGAAUCGACCUGUGAACUAUUUGAACUAUGCUCUGAUGAACACCAACAAAGCCCCAGCUGGAUCCCGCACCCCAAUUCCUUCGUACUCAAACUCCCCCAGCUAUUCCCCGGACUCGCCACAGUACAACCCCAACUUCAACAUUUCCACCAAGCAGUACAAAUACGCCAAUCCGAUGGCAUACGCAAACUUCCUCAAGAACAUGGCAAGCGAACGUAAAACCAGCAACACGUCACCCCCAUCGCUUGCGACAGCGGCGGCGGCGGCAACGGUGGAAAAGAAGCCGGAAGUCACGAAGGAGAAAAAGCGGCCCUGUCCCAGUCCCGAAAACAAGCAGGAGCCUCCGGAGAAACAACCCAAACUCCAAUCCCUCCUCAAUCAGAUCAACAUCCCCCAGUCGCUCUCCAUCACCCUGGCGACGGAGGAGGACGAAGCUGCCCGGGAGAAGGCCCGCAAAACCUUGCCAGACGAUGAUAAGAAUUACAUUGAAAUCCUAAAGCUGCCGGAAAUUUCCAUCACCGAAGCGGAUCGAAGCACACCCCCGAAAACGGUGGCCAACACUCAGGAAGCGGCGACCCAGAAGCAGCCAAGCGCGGCCAAGAGCCCAAGUUUGGCCAAAGCGGACAGCAAACCUAAACCCGAUUCGUCAGCGAAAAAAUCCAGUCUCGAGGCGAUGGACAAAAACGCCGCAUCUUUCCAUCAGAAAUUCGUCCAGUUCAGUUCGGUGGAGAAGGAAAAACAGCCCCAGAAGCAGAACAAAAAUGGCAACAAGCCAGAAAAGCAGCAGCAACAUUCCCCCGUGUUCGCCUCGCCAUCCUCUUCCUCGCCGAAUGGCGGCAGCGGCACAUUUAAACUCCCGAAUGCAACCGUCCUGAGCAAUGGCAUUGUGAAGCUCAACUCUUACCCUGAGCUGGAUCUCAUAAACAAGAACAGCGUUGUUGGGCAAAACCCAAGGCCUGUUGUUCCUUCACCCCCCAAGGCGGCAACCGGCGGCGGCUCCAAACACAUUCCGAUUGCGCCGAAACCAACGGGAACGUACUUCCCGCCCACGGGCACUCCGACCGCACUGAUCUCCAACCGUAAAAGUAUGUCCCCACCUGUGCCCCGCUCGGCCGGUUCCCCCGGUCAGCCCAAAGCCAUGACACCGCCAAUGGUGUCCUCCGCUCUACCACAACCUUCACCGCACAACGCACUCACUGCUAUGGGACCAAUGUUCGGUCUGCAAAUGAAACCGGAAAGUUCCGCCGGAUACAGCAACUAUCAUCAGCCCAAGAAAGCGGCGGCGGAACCAAAGCCGAAGAAAGCGGCUCAAAAAUCCACGAAGAACAGCAACGCGCUAGAUCUUUCGACCCCGACGUUGGCCCUGCCACCAGCAGCGUCACCAUCAGCAUCAGCAAUGACGGCGGCGGACAGUUCCAAGGAUGCGAUGAAUAUGCUAAUGAUGAACAACAACCUGAGCAACGCUCAGAAAGCCAUUUUCCUCAAUGAAAUGGCCAAACUGAACAACAGCGGCAUGAUGGUGCCCCAAAUGGGGUUACACCCGCUGCUGAUCCCCUACUAUCUGCAGCACUGGAGCCGAAUGACCAAAGCCGCCGGCAGCGAGAGCAUGGAGAAAUGAGAUUUGCUGAAAACCGUUUCGCCGCGGUGCGGUGACGGACACCCUCUCGGGGGGAGACGUUUGUGAUAAAUAUUCCAUAGGCAUAUGAUAGGUUUAAGCCGGGGGUCCAAACCAUCGUGUUCGUUAAUGUCAUUUGACGAAUGUAUUCGGGGAAAAUCAAAACCUCAUUUCGUCGCGAGAGAUGAGGAAGAGCACAUGAUUAGGGCAGAAAGACUAAACACACUUCAUGAUGUAUACGCUUAUACGUUUUUGUUGAUUAUAUUUUGAUGUUUUAUAUGUGUGUGUGUGAUGGUUUUGUAAAUAUGUGUACAGCGGUGAGAAAGUUUGUGUGUGCGACAAAAAGGUGCUGUCGAAAGGCACGGGUAUGAAACAUCUAGCACAAGUGGUGCUGCAGCUGAAAGGAACUGAAAUUUUGUAAGAUAAAUACGAAUGAACGAGAGAAUGAGAGAAGUGAAGUUUGAAGAGAUUUGUUUUUUUUUCUUCCUGCUUUUUCAUUAACGUUGAGUUAAUUCUCCCCAUUUCACAUCUUCUCGUCACUUUUUUUUCCAUUCAUGCUUUUUUCCGUUCGCUCGGCAAUAAUCUCACACGUACGAAGAGAGCAUUAUUUAUCGUUUGUUUACGGCGCUGCCGCCCAAAGUCGUGCAUUCUCGUCUGUUGGAGAAAAUUACGAAGGAAAAUAUGAGCGAGUCACCUUCGGGCUUCGACAUCGCCAAGAGCUUUGUUAGCGUUUCGUUUCACAUUCUCCGUUUUUGGCGGAUUGCAGCCAGCAGAGUAGGCUCAGAGUAGGCAACUGUGAGUUUUUGAAGCUUGAAGAUUAGGGCCGGAGGAAUGAGUAACGGACAAGGAAGGCCCGAGCGAAAGUUAAAGAUAAGGACGAGUUUGCUGUGUUCCGCCGGUCGUUUUUAAAGCAGUUGAUGAUGUACAAUAAGAAUUGUAUUAUAUUAUCUUUAGGUUUAGUUGUAAUUGUGUGAUUCAAUCGUCGUAACGGAGAUGUUAAUUGAGCACUUAGACGUAAAAUCGUUGUUGCAACCACACUAAAGUCUGUUGAUUCUGGCAUUAUGUUAUAUUUAUUUUUGUUUUUACUCAUUACGUUACGUAUUCGUUUUGCAGAAAUCUUCGAUAGGGACUCAAUUAUAAUAUAAUUUAUAUCGCAGAUGAGGAAAUAAGUCAGAAGAAGAAAGAAACUAUAUUUAACUGUACAUAUAUGCAUAUAUCUGAAAACAAUUUGAAAAUAAUAAAAGAA